GUGGCUCUACUUUUCCGACAUCAAUAGCAAGAAUGGCCGGUCUUGAGGGUGCUUUCCUGUGCCUCGGCAACCCGCUGUUGGACGUGUCCGCGGUCGUCGACCAGGCGUUCCUGGACAAGUAUGAGAUCAAGCUGGCCAACCAGAUUCUUGCUGAGGAGAAGCACCUGCCUAUGUACGGGGAGCUGGCCGCUCUGCCCAACGUCGAGUACAUUCCCGGUGGUGCUGGCCAGAACACCACUCGCAUCACGCAGUGGAUGCUGCAGGUUCCUCACGCCACCUCUUACAUGGGUUGCAUCGGCGACGACGAGUUCGGUCGCAAGAUGACCGAGGUCGCCACCGCCGAGGGUGUGAACGUCCGCUACCAGGUGGACGCCUCCACGCCCACCGGCACCUGCGCCACCUGCAUCGUCAGCAGCGAGCGCUCGCUGGUCGCCAACCUGGCCGCCGCCAACAACUUCAAGCUGGACCACCUGCUGCUGCCUGAGAACCUGGCGCUGCUGCACAAGGCGCGUGUGGUGUACUGCACCGGCUUCUUCAUCACCGUGUCGCCCGCGUCCAUCGAGCACGUGGCCAAGCACUGCGCGGAGAACGACAAGAUCUACGCCAUGAACCUGUCGGCACCGUUCAUUGUGCAGGUGCCGCCCUUCAAGAAGGUGCUGAUGGAUUCCAUGCCCUACAUUGACUUCCUGUUCGGCAACGAGAUCGAGGCGGCGGCGCUGGCGGCCAGCGAGGGCUGGGAGGGCCUCAGCCUGGAGGAGGUGGCCAAGAAGAUGUCGCGCAUGCCCAAGGCCAACGGCUGCCGGCCGCGUGUGGUGGUGUUCACCCAGGGCUGCGACCCCACCAUUGUGGCGGUGGGCGGCCGCGUGUCGCGCUACCCCGUGAUGCUGCUGGCCAAGGAGGAGCUGGUGGACACCAACGGCGCCGGCGACGCCUUUGUGGGCGGCUUUAUGAGUCAGUUGGUGUGCGGCAAGGACAUUGCCGAGUGCUGCCGCGCCGGCAACUAUGCUGCCAACACCGUCAUCCAGCGCUCCGGCUGCACCUUCCCCGCCAAGCCCACCUUCACCUGGAACUAAAGGCGAUUGCGCGUGCAGCAGCAUUUGCGUGUGUGUGUGCGCGCGCGUGUGUGCGUGUGUGUGGCAGCGGGCAGCGGGCAACUGAGCUGUAGCAGCUUGUGUGAGCAGGUAAUGUGAGCAGCUUCUGUAAGCAGCAGCAGCAGCAGUGGACAUGAGCUGCUGCUGCUGGGCAUGAUGCGGCAGUUGCAGGGCGGAUGGCAGCUGUCGGCGUGAGCGGGUUGGAGACGAAUCGCGUGAACGUGUGAAUGAUCAGAGUUCGCAGGUUGAUCGCUUGUGAGUGCCGUAGACUUUGACAUUACUCAAGCCUAGAAGCGCUGCCCCGGAUUACCGCUGCAUGGCCUGCCGCCGCCUUCUUUGUUGUGGAAGCGCUGUGGCGGCUGGCGAGGUGGUUCAAGGGCGGCCAAGUGAAUGUGUGUGUUUCGCAGUUCGGACGCACCAGUGCCGUUGCUGAACACGCGAUGGUCACACGUUAACAAGACCGGUAACAUAAACAGUUGGGUAAGGGUGCUUUCAACUUGCGUAAUGGAAGCAUGGCCUUCUGCGCGGAGCGGGGCUAGCGACGUCGGAUUUGCUGCGCGGGGAGACGUGUCAGCUUCUUGGCGUGUGCAGGCGCGCGGGGUGACGUACAAGUGCGUUUGGCUGUGAGAGCAAGAGGCGGGAUGUGGAGAGCGUGAGCACGGGACGGUGCAGCGCGCGAAGUGGCGCGCAGGUAUACGCUGCGGUGGGGUUGGUGGCACGUCGUGCUUGGCCAACACCCAGGGUGUAAGCAGGGGCAAGU